UCAGAAAUAACAGUUGAGUUUAUGAUCCCUCGUAACAAAGCAUUUUGUUUUUGCUGAUCCUAGCCAAAAGCAGAAGGAAGGGUGUCAGCAGUCACGUUAUGUGACAGAUGAUUUGACAAAGUUGGUCAGGAACUUAAACACUUUUGUGGCAGUAGACUGGUGCUGUGUUGUGAAAGAUGCUUUGCAACAUUUGUUUGUGGAGGAGCUGGUGGUAAUAGGCUGACAUUAAGCUAUUUUUCUGUCUGAUAAAUGCUAAGCUUCAGGAUGCAGCCAAUUGCCGAAUGAGUUGGAUUUGACAGGGAACCCUUCAACAAAAUCUGGAUUGCUUCCAGCCGUUUUGUCCUGACCACAAUGCCAUGUAUGUGUCGUGAUGGGAAGGAGCUAUACCCUCAACAAAUACUUCCAGAUGCCCUGACAUAAAGCCCUAAACAGCUUCUAUGCCCAAAGCCUGCUAGACCCUGGGCUUGCGGUUCACAAAGGUAGGGUUGGGCAAGACCUUAACAACAGGAAAAGCCAUAUCAGGAGGAGCAGCUGCUGUGCCCUGAAGGUUUUUUCACUCAUGUUCUAAAUCUAUAGUCACGGGGAUUCUUCGAAAGAGAAGGAAGUUACAUGAAGAUAACUUUUCAGUUGACUUUUGGAAAACAUUGCCAAGUGGGAUACCACAGAGAACAAUAGGACAAGAAGCAAAUUAACUGAAGAUAAAGACGGAAAAGUUGAGAAGCCUGCUUAGCAAAUACGAGGCUUGAAAAUAUCACCUUGAGUUUUAUCAAGUUUUAGCAUAAGGCCAUGUGUUCUAUUAAGAUUGAGUCUGUUGUGAAGGAGAAGAACAGGAUGGGAGAGUGCCCAGUAUGGGAAGAAAGGGAAAAUGCACUUGUAUAUGUGGAUAUUAAUUCACAGAAAGUUUGCCGCUGGAACUCAGUCACCAACGAAGUGCACAGUGUGUCUGUGGAUGCUCGCGUUGGCUCUGUGGCCCUUCGAAAGUGCGGGGGUUACGUCAUUGCCUUGGGAACCAGAUUUGCCUUUUUAAACUGGGAAACGGAGUCAGUAACCACUAUUGCAGAACUUGAACAGGAUAAGCCAAACAACAGGUUCAAUGAUGGCAAAGUGGAUCCAAAGGGGAGGUUUUUUGCUGGUACCAUGGCUGAGGAGACAGAACCUGGUGUGCGAGCGAGACGCCAAGGUGCCCUCUACACGCUCUUUCCUGAUUAUUUCGUAGUGAAGCAGUUAGACCAGGUGGACAUCUCUAAUGGAUUGGAUUGGUCACUGGAUCACAGAACCUUCUUUCAUAUUGAUAGCCUGGCGUAUGCUGUCCAUGCCUUUGACUAUGAUGUGCACACAGGAAAAAUCGCCUGCUGUAAAGUUUUGUACCAAUUAGAAAAGGAGGAACAAAUGCCUGAUGGAAUGUGUAUUGAUGCAGAAGGGAAACUUUGGGUGGCCUGUAUUGAUGGAGGGAGAGUGAUCCGUAUAGAUCCUGAGACAGGGAAAAGAAUCCAGACUGUGAAGCUGCCUGCUUCAAGGAUCACCUCCUGCUGCUUUGGUGGAAAAGAUUAUUCAGAAAUGUACGUGACUUCUGCCUAUGAUGGGCUAGACAAGGCAGCGUUGGCAAAGGAACCUCGGGCAGGGGAGAUUUUCAAGAUAACGGGCCUGGGUGUGAAAGGAAUCCCACAAUAUUCAUAUGCUGCUUAAAUAUUAACACUUUAUAGCAAACAAAAUAAAUGCAUGGUCCGUGCAGGAGCAGUUUUGAACAGGAACCGUUCAUUGAAUUGCAAAACUAUCUAUCUGAAGAGUCUUCUGUGCACCUUUUGGAGCUUAGAACUAAUUUUUAAUUCUCCAUGUUUGUCUCUACAGCAUGGUACCAGAGUGGAACUUUAGCAGAAGCAGAUAAAUGAGGUAACAUUAGAAAUUAAAACAGAUUUUCAGAAUGCGUAGGCUUGUAAAAUUUCUUAUGCUCUUGCAUAAGCCUUCUUUAUUAUUUAGUCCAGCAUUCCUAGUUUAAAACAAAAAUUCUUAUGGCCAGUUCUGCCCUGGCCUACUUAUGUAGUUCUGAACGCAGAAUUUGAUUUAUGUUUUCAUGUUACAAUGAUGUAACUGUAAUGAGAUAUGCUCUGAUUUACUUUACUUUUUCAUAUGUGCUAACUUGAACCUGACAGUUCUUCUGCUUUUGGAUUUCCCAUAAGGGUCUAUUUUUGGCAGUCAUACUUCUCCAUUUUUAGUUAUUUGUUUUGCUCUACUGAACCUUUUGUCCUUUCACUGUCUUUAUUUCUGUCUUGUCUUUUUAGUUGAGGCCAAAUUCUGUGCAGUUGAAAAUAAACUGUGAUCAUAU